AUGCAUCAAAAGGUAGUCGGUGCGCUUGUAUUGUUCGUCACCUACCUCAUCCUCGGUUCAGUUCUUACAUUUUUCAUAUUUUUUAAAGAGGACACAAAGAUAUAUUAUUGGUGUUGGUUAUUAUUACUACCGUUAAUGAUGUGGCUUUGGGUGCUUAUUGCAUGGUUCGACUCUGAGAUGUUUCGAAACGCCAAACCGAAUAAAAGAGAUCAAGGAACUAAAAAGGAUCUAUAA